AUGAUUCCGCAAUCUAAAGGAUACGUAUCUGUAGGAUCGUGGCGGUACAUGGAAUGGCAGACAUUGGCUUUUGAAGCCACUACAGAUCGAGAAGAAGAAGAAGCCGAAGCCUACCCGGGCCCGUUAGUGGGUCAUCUUACGUAUGAGAAACCUACCCGAAUUUUGACCCGCUCAAAACGGAAAUUAGACGACAUCAAGGAUUCUGCAGAGAUCGCCUCACUAUACGACUCUAAUGGUGACUCUGAUAAAGAGUUGCAGGACGAAUGUACGAGUGGAAAGAAUAACGAAGGCAAGGAUGGAAGAUCGACAAUGAGAUCGUGUGCGGUCAACGCAGUGCGGGAGACGCCAGAACAUUCGGGUGAAGAGGACAUGUUUGCAGAGGAGGCUAUGACACCGAAAGACAACCAUGAGAUAACUGAUUUGCUCCUAGGACAGUCCAACUGUCACCCAGACGGGAUCAAGGUUGAAGAUCGGGAGGUGCAUGGCCAGUCUACACGACUGGAUGACGACGUGAAAGCUGUUACGAUCGACGGCAAAGUGAUGUAA